CUUCCUCGACCUUCACUGAAUUGGUACGAGGCAUCUUAUCUGUGUCUCGCCAGUCCACUCGAGCGCCUCCGUCGUCGCUCCACGCUUCCCUUCGCUUCACCUUCUAGUGCAGACCUGAAGCGGCAUGAGCUUGAUUUAAUACGCUGCACAUCACCUCCGCUCUUAGUGUCUCAUCUCCGUCAUUUCCACCUGGAUCGGUCUCCUCAUAACUGCUUUUGAUCCCGCACCAGCUCAAACAAACGCCACGUCUAUAAGGAACAACUUCGUACCAAAACACCGACGAGAUGCCGCGAAAGGCGUUCGUGGCGGACCUGGCCAAGGCUGUCGAAGGAGUAGCCAUCGCAGGCAUAUCCAAUGUCAAGCCUUCCGGUGACGAUGGGGAGUUUACAUUCGAUUGUGCUACCCAUGGUGUCCAAGUCCGAAUCUCUGCAUUGAUUCCAGACGUUUCGGAAUACCCAGAAAGUCAUUCAUACAUGCUCUUCACAGGCGAAGAUGCCCCGGCAAGUGUGACAGAUAAAGUAGCCAAGAUCUCCGACUCGAGUGCGGGAGUAACCGUCACACAGCUGCUGCAGCUCGUUUCGCGAAGGUUGGGAGCCGUCGAUUCAGACGGCGACCAUGAAAUGAUGGACUCACAGGAAUUCUCUGACGAGGAAGCCGAGGAGGAGGAGGAGGAAGAAGAGGAAGAGGAAGAUUACUUCUCCGACGGACCCGUCAUGCCGCAGAAGAUCACUGCGUCAAAUCCCAAUGCUUCCGACAGCAAAGCCCACCCUCGUUCAACUGCGUCUUUCCGACAACGUAUCCGCUCAGAUCUGCGAAUUGCAAAGGCGCAUGGCUUCAAGAUCGGCCAUCAUGGUGGGCUUCUGGACGGUCAUAACUCCUAUGUCAGUAUCUCCUGUCGCGUCGCUAAGCUCGGAAUCUCAGGCGAAGCCAUGAAAGCUUGGGACUUGUUGCCGUCCGAGUAUGUCAUCCUCGUGUAUUAUUACCCUGUCGGGUACAAGAGCAUGGAUUUCUUGACCUGCGACGCCACUACCGCUCGGCGUUACGUCGACAUGCGUGUUGGCGUCAGCUCAACAUAUAAGCCGACAAAGCAGGAGGCGUUACGUAUGUUCACGACUGUGGCUUCGGAAAAUAGGACGCAUCAAUGGCUUCAGAAAUCCCAAGAGGAGCCUGCUCAUGACGCCACGCGGUCUGACGAAAAGGUUCGCAAAGGAUUUCGCGACGCUUUCAUUUCGAAACCCCUUAACGGACUCCUAAAUGAUCGUCUUCUUCAUCUCCUUGUUUUAAGGUACAAUGGCAUGCCCUGGAGCGGCGCAGAGGCAUAUUUCAACGAUUAUAUCGGCACGAAACGUACGAACUCGGAUGGUUACGAGGACAAAUACCAUGAACAAGAGCAGGUAGAGAGGAUAUAUCCGUCUAUUGUCACGAGCGACCAUAUACAGGAUCCGAAGUAUCAUGUCCACUCCUUUCCACUCGUUGGUAUGCAGUUUGUACUGCGCCAUCUUGUUCGGUGUACCGAGUUUUGCUUGGUAUGCUUCACCAAGAUGCCAGAAGGUCUUCAAGCGAUCAAACCAUACGUGUGCGACAAGCCUCUGUGCUUGUAUCAAUACAUGUCCCUAGGCUUCGGACCGAGCAUCGAGCACGAAGUUCUCACGCAGCCCAAGGUCGUCGACCUUCUCAUCAGCUUCUGCUAUGCAAGUGCCCGAGCAGAUUCUCUUAAGGACUUUCCCAUUGGGCUUGGCUUCAUGGUACCACCGAUGGAAGCUUUUGAGAAAGACUACCCGGAUUAUUCGUACCACUAUCCUGGAGCCCCAUACCAGGUACAAUCAGUGCCUUCCGGUACGGAAACCAAGGAAUCAGUUGGCUACAACAUCACUGUCAAUUACCUCAAGCGAGAGAUGCUGUUUCCGGAAGACAGCACGGGCUGCCCUUUGCGAAACGGCGACUGGGUUGCAAUUCGCACGCACAACGACAAUAAUGUGGCACACUGCCGGGUAGUCGAUGCAACCUAUUACCCUAUCAUAAACCUGAGCGAACGCGUCCUCCCAUAUGUCUCAGCAUCCAGUUCUGCUAACCAGUCUGCCGUCGGUCAUGCAUAUCCAGCCGUUCCAAACCCAGCAGCCGCCUCAACAGGUGUGGAACCAGCCAAGGAUGAAUUCAUCCCAGGAGAAGUUUUCGUCUACAAUGUGAACUUCGACAAUCUCAAACCACCGGAGAAGAAGAAGGCUAUCUGCGCCAUGCUCGAUGUACUUCCCCGGGUCACUGAGAUGAAAGACUACCUCAGAAAAAAUGCGCGUUCGCUGCUCCGCACAUGGAUCAACCGCCUACCUCCUGCAGCUCUUGGCAUCUUGCGCUGGAUCAUUGCUUCCAAUCGUGCUUGCAUCAUGCAAGUUGAAGAUGAUAACGAUCGGGUGCACGACAUGUCUGGUUGGGCACAAUUUCACUUUGCAAUGGGUGCGCCAGACAAGGAGCGCCGCUUUCAGCAGGCUGUGCAAGAAACAACUCGUCGAUUGAAUCUCAAAUACCCUACCCGCUUUGCCUGGCAUGGGAGUCCAUUUCAUAACUGGCAUUCCAUCAUCCGAGAGGGUCUUCAUUUCGAAAAGACCGUUCACGGACGCGCUUAUGGUAAUGGUGUCUAUCAUUCGCCCUACCUGAGCACGAGUUUGGGUUAUAGCAAUAGUACUGGUGGUGGCGUGGGGUGGAGUGGCAGUGAAUUUAGUGUAAUGCAGGCGAUUGCCUUGAACGAGAUCGUCAACGCUCCGUGUGAAUAUGUCUGCAGUAAUCCCCACCUUGUCGUGGCGCAGCUCGAUUGGAUCCAGACGCGUUACCUGUUCGUUUCAGAAGUUCCUGUCGUCAAACCGCGCGAUCCAAAGCCGAAAAACAUUAUUGAGCAAGAUCCGUUGUUGCCGGCGGAGUCGCACAACCGUCAACCUUUGCUGAUUCCGGACACCUCUCUCCGAAAACAGCAUGCGGAAGAUGGGCGCUUGAAGCAUCAAGACUCAAAGCGCCGAAAGAUGGGAACUGGAAACAGUGCCUCGGACCCCAUUAACCUCGAUGACGAUGAUGACGGAGGCAGUGAAGCCACGCUUGAGGAAGACAGAAAUAUCUUUCUGUCGGAUGACGAGGAGCUCUUGGUGCAUCCUUCAGCUGCUCCGGCGUCUACUUCGGUGUCUGGCCAAACCUCUACUUCGGCGUCUCGUUCGGCUCCCAGUAUGGCUAGGGGCAAACUAAAGGCAGGAGCUCUUAUAUCUACGAUCAAAUCCAAGGUGUCGGGCAAAUCGGACAAGCAGCCUCCCAAAACCCCCUUGACCGAUUUUGAGCCCGGCAAGCUCGAUUAUAAGACGUUACCUAUGCUUGCUCAGCCAACCUGGGCAACAACCUCUACAACGAAGCGACUAAUGAAGGACUUCGACAGUCUCCUCAAGGUACAGGAAAAGGGGCCGCUCCACGAGCUUGGAUGGUAUAUUGAUCCCGACAAGUUCGAAAACAUGUAUCAGUGGAUUGUGGAGCUGCAUUCUUUUGACCCAGAUUUGCCUCUGGCACGGGAUAUGAAAGCCAAGGGCCAUAAAAGCAUCGUCCUUGAGCUACGCUUCGGUCAUCAGUAUCCAAUCUCUCCUCCCUUUGUGCGAGUAAUUCGACCACGAUUCUUGGGCUUUCAAGAAGGAGGCGGUGGUCACGUCACUUUGGGAGGCGCAAUGUGCAUGCAGCUCCUGACGAAUGACGGGUGGUCUCCCGUUUCCUCCAUCGAAUCUGUCCUGAUUCAAGUUCGCAUGGCGAUAUCCAGCACGGAUCCCCGGCCUGCUAGAUUGGCACCCGGCGAUCGCUCAGACUAUGGUAUCGGUGAAGCUGUUGAGGCCUUCAAGCGUGCCUGCAAGAUCCAUGGUUGGAAGAUCCCAGAGGGAUUCGAGGAACUGACGUUAGGUCAGGCUGGAGCUCUGAACUAGCAAGAUACGGCAAGCACUGGGACGGGCAUAGAAACGGUUCUUGCGUU